CAUACAGGACUGAUUUUUUUAUCAAGAAAGCCGACGAUGUAUAUAUAUAUAUAUAUAUUUAAAGCAGUUGGCUGUUGUAUGCAAUUGUAGCUACAAAAUCUAAAGCUUGAAACCAAAAAAGACAUUCACUUUCAGUACUUGGGAUUCUGGGAAAGCAAAAGUCCAUGGAGGCCGGGAAGAAGAGAGCUGGGAACAUUAAUGAAAAGUCUGAAAGAGAAGCUCGGUACCGGGGGAUUCGACGGCGGCCGUGGGGUAAGUUCGCGGCGGAGAUACGCGAUCCGACGAGAAAUGGGGCGCGCCUGUGGCUUGGAACAUUUGACACAGCAGAAGAGGCAGCACGAGCAUAUGACCGAGCUGCGUUUCAUUUCCGGGGUCAUUUAGCCAUCCUCAACUUCCCAAAUGAGUACCAAUAUUAUAAUCAAAAUCAGGGUUCUUCAUUUUCAACAUCUUCGGGUACUUCCUUUCCGGCUUCCUCCUCAGCUGCUCAUGCAGGUACGAGUAGUAGUUUUGGCCAGCUAGGAGCUUCAGCCAGUAGUACUAAUGGAGUACAAGAAGGUGAACAACUUAUAGAAUUGCAGUAUUUCGACAGCAAGUUGUUGGAGCAGCUUCUUGAAACCGCUGAGGAUAGGCCAGGCCAGGGAAGAACAACUUAAAAUAUGGGUACUGAUUAUCUAUAAAAAAAACCGAAUAAAUGACUGAUUAAAAGCUGAUUGGUUUGAGUUCCAGAUGAAAUGAAAAUAAAGGGUUUUGAUUUUUGUAAUUGUUGUUUUUUUUCUCAAAUUCUUUGUUUGUUUUGCUCGGAUGAUUAUCAUUUUUUCAAAUGUAUGCAGUCAAAUAAAAUAUUGUCUAGAGCAAAGGGUUUUCAGCUUUCAUAUAUAUGGAGCUUCGUCU